CGAAACAAAAUAUCAGUUGACAUUGACAUGUAACUAACCCUCAAAAUUUCAGUGACAUAAAAAAUGAUAAAAAAUGUAACGAAAAAUAAUCACAUUAAUUACGAAUCGAUCACUGCCGUCAUUGUUAGCAGUAUAUUAUGGAGACUAGGGUAUAAUGCCGUGAGAUAUUUCCUACCAAGAAAGAAUCCGGAAUACUGUUGCAGAAUCAUUUCGUUCAUCCACGGGCUGGUCAUAGCCUUUAUCGGAAUCAACCAGUGCUUUCUGAUAGACAAUCCGUUCAACCACCCCGAAUGGCGCACCAGUUACAUUCAAUCUUUUCUGAUGGUAACCAGUUUGGGAUACUUCAUUCAUGAUCUGAUGUGGUGCCUGAAGCACCAACGGGAUGAUAAGCUGAUGAUAGCCCAUCAUAUUUACAGCGUCUGCGCAUUAUUCAGGAUGCUAUUCAAAGGUUAUUCCGGAGCGCAGGCGACGUGCGCAUUGGGGAGCAUGGAAAUCACGAACCCCUUUCUCCAAGCCAGAUGGUUCAUAAGAAGCGAGGGAAUGUAUCCCUCUGUAUUAUUUUCAUCGGUAGAAACUACAUUUAUGGUGGUUUUUGUGUUGGUGAGGAUUGUUCUUGGUACUUAUUAUAUGGUUAUCAUCUUCAAACAGCCAAGGAACGAAUGGGAUUUUAUUUUCUUAUCCUUCACAAUUUAUGUUAUGUCUUGGAUAUUUUUCAUCAGCAUAGCUAAAUAUGCAUUGAAGAAAUAUGUUUCGAAAAAAAUACCAAUAAUCGAUCCAGGUAAUAAACGAACUUAAAUUAUUUAAA